GGGCCGGAGCUCCUGGCGGUGCCGGAUCCUGACGGCGGCCUUCCCCCGGGUCUGCUAAGUCCACCUUCCGGCCUUGGCCGCCGCUGCCGCGGAAGCCUCAACUCUAGUUUUCCGAGUCGAUUGUGACCAUGGCUGCUGAGUCCGACGUUCUCUACUUCCAGUUUGAACAGCAAGGAGAUGUGGUCUUGCAGAAAAUGAAUCUGUUGAGACAGCAGAAUUUAUUUUGUGAUGUAUCAAUUUAUAUUAAUGACACUGAGUUCCAGGGGCACAAGGUGAUUUUGGCUGCUUGCUCCACUUUUAUGAGAGAUCAGUUUUUACUCACACAGUCAAAGCAUGUCAGAAUCACCAUCUUGCAGAGUGCAGAAGUUGGCAGGAAAUUGUUACUCUCUUGCUACACUGGCGCACUUGAAGUGAAAAGGAAAGAGCUUUUGAAAUAUUUGACUGCUGCCAGUUACCUUCAGAUGGUUCACAUUGUGGAAAAAUGCACAGAAGCUUUGUCCAAGUAUCUGGAAAUUGAUCUUUCUAUGCAAAACAACAACCAGCACACUGACCUCUGUCAGUCCUCCGAUCCAGAUGUUAAGAAUGAAGAAGAUAAUUCUGAUAGAGACUGUGAGAUAAUUGAAAUUUCAGAAGAUAGUCCCAUAAACAUGGAUUUCCACGUUAAAGAAGAGGAAAACAAUGCAUUACCGUCUACAGUGGAGAGUUUGACAUCAGAGAGAACAGAAAUGAAGUCUCCGGAGCUGUCUAAUGUGGAUAUAGGUUUCAAAGACAACGAAAUUUGUAUCCUCCACGUCGAGUCCAUCAGUACAGCCGGUGUUGAAAAUGAGCAGUUUUCCCAGCCUUGUACGUCUUCAAACGCGAGUAUGUAUUUCUCUGAAACACAGCAUUCACUGAUCAACUCUACAGUGGAGAGCAGAGCUGCAGAAGUUCCUGGGAACCAGGGUCAGGGCUUGGUGUGCGAGAAUGCAGAGGGAAGUCACGGUGCAGUGAGCGAGAUUCACAAUCUGGAGGAGAGUUACUCACUGAGGCACCAGUGCCCCAGAUGUCCCCGAGGAUUUCUGCACGUUGAAAACUACCUGCGCCACCUCAAGAUGCAUAAAUUGUUCUUGUGCUUACAGUGUGGAAAAACGUUUACACAGAAGAAAAACCUAAACCGCCAUAUUCGAGGGCACAUGGGCAUACGGCCCUUUCAGUGUUCCGUAUGCUUGAAGACAUUUACUGCUAAAAGCACACUUCAGGACCACUUGAAUAUACAUAGUGGGGAUCGACCAUACAAGUGCCACUGUUGUGAUAUGGAUUUCAAGCACAAGUCUGCUCUUAAAAAGCACUUAACUUCUGUCCAUGGCAGAAGCAGUGGUGAAAAACUACCUAGGCCUGAUCUCAAAAGGCAAAAUCUUUUAUGAUUGGGACCACAGACUUGCUAUAUAAACCUUGUAUCAUUCUGUUAGGCAAGUCUUCCUUGGAAAUGCAGUCUUUGUAAUAUUGUACCUCUUCCCCCCAUCUUUAGGUUUUACAUUUCAUCUUCCUACACAUGUUAUUCUUUUUGAACUUCUAAAAGUUUGGAAGUGGUGGGAGGCAUGAUCUAGCUGAGGGAUUCUGUUUCAUCUCAUACACUAUGUGAAAUCCCAGUAGCAUACUUAGAGUAAUGGUGUUACUCUCAAAUCUUCUUCAUGCUAAUGACGGAUGAUCCAGUAGUAUUUGUAGGUUCUGAAUUAGACUUUCUAGAUAAUCAAUUGCAGUGUAAAAUCCAACCAUGUAAGAACUUUAAUGAAUUCAGGUAACAAGAAGCAAAAGUCGGUGUAAGAACACUGCUAGUCAUUUUCAAAACAGAUAGGACUAGUAAAAAGUUGAGUUUUUUAAAAUUUUAACCAACUGUUCUUGGGUUGUGAGAUCACCAAGAUACCUGUUGUCUUAAUCUAUAAAGAAACACGAUUCUCAGUCACUUGAGAGUAGUAUAAAUUCCUUAUAAAGAGUUGAUAUUCCAUAAAAUACUUUUUCCCCCAUUAGUUAUUAGUAUACAGACUUUGGAAAUAAUUGGACUCAUUUCUUGGUUUCAUUUAAUAUAGUUGAAUGUAAUAAUUUUGUGGCCAGUGGAAUGAUAAUAUUGACAUGAAGCCACGAAAAGUUUUCUUGGAAAUUCUGAUUUUACCAAAGAUAGUCAAUUGUUCCUUUAAAAAAAAUUCUAGUUUAUUUUAUUUUUUGUUUUGAUUAUACAUGGUAAAAUUUAGCUUUCUUUUUUGGUGAAUGGUUUUAUGAAUCUUAACAAAGGUACUGAUUUGUGUACCUACACUGCAGUUGGUAUAGAACAGUUUGUUUACCCUCAGAAACUCCCUCAUGCUGACCCUUUGUAGUCAAACCCUCUUGGCUAUAAAACACAGCAACAUUUCUUUGCUAUACUUUUGCCUUUUCUGGAAUGGCACAUAAAUGGAAUCUUAUGAUAUGUCCCAUCUUGAGAGAUUCUUUUUCACUCUGCUAAUGCCUUUGGGGCUUACCCAUAUUGUGUGUAUCAACAGUUCAUUUCCUGUCUUAUUUUAAGUUGCCAAUAUGGGUUAGUUCUAGCUGUCACUGGAGGAAUAGUUUAAACACGGAUAGCUUCUAGGGUUACAAUUUUUUCACUUACAUUUAUGCCGUUUUCUCAUUCAUUAUAUGUUAACAAAAAUCUUGAACAUCCCUAGAAUUUUAUUCUGUUUCCAGCAAACUGCCAAAGGCAGUUUGUAGUGAGGCUAAUAUUUCAGAUUGUAUUCUGAGCUGUAGCUCUCUAACAUCCCUGUAUACAUUACAAUAUGAAAUACUUUUGCUGUCAUAAGAAAUAUUAAAAUAUUUUACAGGGCAAAUCACUUUCUUUAAGACACAGGAACUACUUUUAAUAAAGAAGCCUGACUGGAUAAAUAUUAAAAUAUUUUACAGGGCAAAUCACUUUCUUUAAGACACAGGAACUACUUUUAAUAAAGCCGCCUGACUGGAUAUAUCUUUCUUUCAAAGUGUUCUAUUCCUCUUCCAUUGAACUCAGCUUUAUGUAGAAUUUCUACUGUAUUCAGUUGCUAUUGAAGCCCUGCCAUAUUUUAAAAUGUAAAUAAUUUAUACUGUUUUUAUGAAUUUUUUGAAGAAUCAUAUGCUGAUUGUUAUAUAAAUGCUAAUUAUCCUUUUCGUGAUACUUUUGUGAGAAAGGUAUUCUUUAUCACAUUUUAACUUGGAGAGAGACUUUUUAAAAAUCCUAGUCUCGUGUUUGAUGAGAAAAUUGACUUCCUGACCCAGGUCAUUGGUGGGUGACAUGGGGCAAGUCAUCUUUCCUUGAACCUUUCUUAACUUUAUGUAUGUAUGAUAAUAACAGAUCUUGAUAAUUUGUAAGAUCAUUUCAAGAUCAAAGGUUCUAUCAUUUUAUACUUAAUCCUUCUUGAGAACAGAGUUUUGUGUCUUCAUGAUCAUUGGUAUUUGAGUACUCCCUUGGAGACAGAAUUUUUCUAAAGUAGUGUUUUUCUUCCACUGGAUAAUAGAAGAGCUCAGUGCUUAAUUUUCUUUCCCAUGUGACUUAAUAGUGGUCAUUAGUAGGUGUGAGAAUACUUCUUUUUCAGAAAUAGUUUACUUGUGAUUGGAGUACUUAUUUUUGCCUACUAGCGUGAAAUUCAGGAGGGGAGGGCUGGGGAUGGGAAGAUAGGGCAAAAGAAUAGUAAAAAACCUGAUUUUUUAGGACUUGGUAUCUACUAACUUGGAUGUUUGAAGGCUUUUGGUUGAAACUAUGUUUUAAGUUUCAUGUGUGCCUUGUAAGAUUGUUGUAAAUUUUUUUGUGAGCACUUUUGAGAUUUUUGCUUGGGGCGAGGGAGUUUUGUAAAAGUGAUGGUUAUUUAUAUUAUUUAUUCCUGUUCAGUAGCACAGAGUGAUCCCAAAACAUUCUUAGGAGAGUAUCUGUUUGCAUGAUAUGUCUUAAAAUUUUUCAAGGAAAUGAAAUCUUUUUUAAUAUGCAGAUAUGGCAAAGAAAAGUGUAAAAUUUAUUCGUUUAAACCUCACUUUUAGUUGUCUUUCUUAUAUGACAGAAAUAUGCAAUAUGUUUGAAUUCAGCCUCUUCAUUUACUGCAUUUAUGUAUAAAAAAAGAUCUUGAAAAGGUAGCAGUUACUUUGUUGUAAGAGAAAAAUUCUUCCCUUUUUCCUUGGAUGUAAUUCUUACAUGUUUACAUAAGAAAUAAACUGGAGGUGGGAAUGGACAA